AAGACAUUCCAAAACAACUACAAAAAUAGUCUAUGAGACUAUAGACGGCGCUUUUAAAGCAGACAUUUGAAGGACCGUCAAAUGAGGAGGAAAAUAAAGCGUUUCCAAAGCUAGAGGAGGUUGCUGGUACUCCUACAUAGGAUACAGCUUUCGGGGAAGGCAAUUUAUAGAAAAGUUGUUGACUGUACGCGGGGAUAGGAGUGGGUGAAGCCCGAGGGUCCCACGGGCCACGCUCCAUCCCGGAGGUUUCCAAUGAUCUAUUUCUAUUCAGCUCUUAUGCCGGCCUCUUUGUGAAUUCUGAUUUGCAAUGUCUGUGUUGAGGAAGCUGUUGAAUCUGAAUAGGGAGGACAUGAGGACUAAAACUGAUUCAUUCUAUCAAGUCCGGCCCGAUUGCGACGACGUUCCCAAGACUCGCUUCUCACCCAAGGCGGGCAAAACUCUUAGUGAACGGAGGUGGCGUUCUGCAUUUAGUGAGGAAGGUUAUCUUGAUAUUGCAAAAGUCUUGAGUCGGGUUCAGAGAGGGGGAGUUCAUCCAUCGAUACGAGGAGAAGUAUGGGAGUUUUUGCUGGGAUGCUUUGAUCCUAAAAGUAGCUUUACAGAGCGGAGUUCUCUCAGAAAACAGCGAAGGGAACAAUACGCAAAGCUGAAAGCAGAUUGCCAUGCAAUGGAUUCAUCUGUGGGUAGUGGUGUUGUUAUAACCACACCUCGAAUAAAUCAGGACGGUAGUCUUGUUCAGAAUUCUGAAGGUCUCACAACUGGAAAUAUCAAUCACAUGCCAUAUGCACAUACAGAUAAUCCAUACCAGCCAGUAAAGCAAAGUUUGGACCAAGUGGAUGAUAAUCACAAACUGGACAGCAACCAUGAUGAUUCAGGGAACAUCAUGUGUACGAACAAGGAUACAAUUCAGUGGAUACUUCUCUUACACCAAAUAGGUUUAGAUGUGGUUCGUACAGACAGGACUCUGAAGUUCUAUGAAAAUUCAGAGAAUUUAGCAAAGCUUUGGGAUAUCUUGGCAGUGUAUGCAUGGAUGGAUAAAGACAUUGGUUAUUGUCAAGGAAUGAGUGAUCUUUGUUCUCCCAUGGUUGUUUUGCAAACAAAUGAAGCUGAUGCUUUUUGGUGCUUUGAACACUUGAUGCGGAGGAUGAGGGGAAAUUUCAGAUGCACCGACAAUUCAGUUGGAGUGCAGAGACAACUUCAAAGUCUAGCUUCAAUCACUCAAGUUCUUGAUCCAAAGCUUCAUAGGCACCUAGAGACGUUAGGAGGUGGAAGCUACAUCUUUGCAUUUCGGAUGUUAAUGGUCCUUUUCCGUAGAGAGCUUUCAUUUGGAGAUGCACUAUUUCUUUGGGAGAUGAUGUGGGCUCUUGAAUAUGAUCCAGAAAUUAUUGCUUCAUAUCGGGAAGCAGAUUCAUCUUACCCUAAUAGAUAUAGCAAAGAGAAAAGAAGAGAUAAAUCAAAAAGUCAAUGGGGAAAGUAUGAAAGGCAAAGAAUUGAGAAUGGUUUGCAAGGUUCACUCGAGACACCUAUAGCUGUGUUUCUUGCUGCUAGUGUUCUCAAGGCAAAGAGCUCAAAAUUGUUGCGAGAGGCUCAAGGAAUUGAUGAUGUUGUUAAGAUUUUGAAUGAUUUAACUGGCAAUCUUGAUGCGAAAAAGGCCUGCACAGGUGCAUUGAGACUUCAUAAGAAGUAUUUACGUAAGGCAAAAAACAAUAAUUAGCUAAUGCGACCUUUAAUUGCGUGGAAAUGCUGAAACUGCCCUUGUGCGUCUGUAUUAUAUUCAAUACAUUUCUUUCUUUGGUUGUUUAACCAUCAGGGACUUAUACAAAGAAUGCGUGUUUGAUUGGCCAUGCCAAAGAUAAAUCAAUUUAAAUAUGCUUAAACACAGUCAAUCGCAUAAGGGUCUUUUUAUAGCUGGCGUUUAUGCAAAUUAAAGGUAUAAUUUUGGCAUUAUCUGUUGACAUAAUUCUAACCAUUUACGUAUGACCUGGAAUAAGGUUUCUAAAACGGUUGUUUGGUCAUUCAAAAAUCUUAAAGAGUAUUGAUUAUUAUCUUGUUCA